CAUCAAUUAUCAUUCCGCCAGCCUAUCCAACUUGGACCCUAUUUCAGUCCAAUCUCUACAAUUCACAAAGCGGCUAAACGAUGUCAGAGGCAGAUGAAAACACUCCCCUGCCUGGUACUAGCCAAACUCUCCCCAUUGCUCUCAACGCAAUAUCGGAUGCAAAUGAGCCUCACACUAUCGACCCGUCGAGCCUGACACCCUACGAGAAGAAAUUCUACGACUUCUUAUACUCCCAAGGAUGGGCCCAUACACAAUGUUCGUGUUUCAUCGCCCAGAUCAAGCAGAUGAAAGAAGCCAUCUCACACCAUUUCUACUCGCAAGGUUGUAACACCGCCCAAGUGCAGUGUCUUCACGAGCAGUGUGAGAUGGAACUUCCAGAGCAUUUCCCAGCUCCUGGAGGUGAUGCCGAGGAACAAGAUCUGCAGAUGCAGCUGAGACUCAAUGAGGAAAUGAAUCGUCGAAGGGCGAUUGGCGAGCGCAUGUACUCUUCCACAGGUACCGUGGAUAGGGAGAUUGAUGAGGAGAGAAGGGCUUAAGUGGGAUUCGCUUAGAGAUUUGUGGUUUGUAUGUACUUUGAUAUUUGCUCGGUCGGCACGUCAACUCCGUCGAUUGCUCUGCGAAGAGAAGGCCCAGCAGGAACAUAUGUGGGCUGAGAACAAGAAAAAGGUUGAAUAUAUAUGCGAGGGGUAGUUUAAAUGUAAUGCAAUGUGGCUCAGUCUGAGGAUUGCGGAGGAAGCUAAUCUGAUUUUCCAAUAUAUAUAUAUACCUAUCUAAGAUGGCUAGCAGAUGAUAUGUAGUGAAGCUGCAAGAUUAGACUGAGUUCAAUGAAUUGACGAAUUGUGCUGAAA